CGCAAUACUUGGACACUAGAGUCUAAUCACUAUGGCUCUCUAGGUAGGGAGAGCGUUCUUGCAAGGGUGUCUAGUGUCAUCCCUUGCCUCGUCUGCCUCAGUGUUCAUACCCUCUGCGCGUCAACAACAUGAAGCCCACGCUGUUGCUGGUCGUUUCUGCGCUGGCGGCUGCAUUGCCAGCCGAACAAGCAUAUUCUCUCGCACAUCUCGCCCUCCGCGCCCUCCCCAAUGCCCCCGACGGUUACACCCCAGCCAACGUCUCCUGUCCUGCAGUGCGUCCCAGCGUGCGGAGUGCGUCUACCUUGUCUACGAACGAGACCGAAUGGCUGCGUCUGCGUCGGAACAAGACCUUCGAUGCCCUCAAGGACUUCUUCGGCCAUGUCGACGUCGGCAGCUUCAACGUCAGCGCCUAUCUCGACACCCUCGCUCAUAGCAACGCCUCUGAGUUGCCGACCGUUGGAAUCGCCAUCUCCGGGGGAGGAUAUCGCGCCCUGUUGAACGGGGCUGGCGCCAUCAAGGCGUUUGAUAACAGGACUGAGAACGCCACUGCCAGCGGUCGACUGGGUGGCCUGCUGCAGUCGGCGACCUAUGUCUCUGGCCUGAGCGGCGGCAGCUGGCUGGUCGGCUCGAUCUUCAUCAACAAUUUCAGCUCGAUUACCUCGUUGCAGACGUACAAGGAAGCGGAGGUCUGGCAGUUUGGCAACUCCAUCUUCGAGGGUCCGUAUACUGGGGGGGUCCAGGCCGUCGAUACGGUCGAAUACUACAAGAACAUCGAGGAUGCUGUCUCGGGAAAAUCUGAUGCUGGUUUCCCGACUACUAUUACGGAUUACUGGGGUCGUGCACUGUCGUAUCAGCUCGUCAAUGGUUCGAAUGGAGGCCUCGACUAUACCUGGUCAUCCAUUGCGUUAACAACAGAGUUCCAACAGGCAGACAUGCCGAUGCCGCUCGUGGUGGCUGACGGGCGUAACCCAGGGGAGCUGGUGAUCGGAGGCAAUGCGACUGUGUAUGAAUACAACCCAUGGGAGUUUGGUACCUUCGAUCCCACCAUUUACGGCUUCAUCCCACUGGAGUAUCUCGGCUCGCGGUUUGUCGCCGGCACCCUGCCCAGCAAUGAGACCUGCGUGCGAGGGUACGACAACGCGGGCUUCAUAAUGGGCACCUCGUCCAGCCUGUUCAACCAGUUUCUACUCAAUGUCAACUCGACGGCCCUGCCCAGCGCCCUCAAGGCCAUAUUCACAGACAUCCUGCAGGACAUUGGCGAGGACGACGAGGACAUUGCUCUGUACGGGCCGAACCCGUUCUACCUAUACUCGAACGAAACCUCGCCCUACGCCAACUCUACGGAGCUGGAUCUCGUCGACGGCGGCGAGGACGGCCAGAACGUGCCGCUGCACCCGCUGAUCCAACCGGAGCGGCACGUCGACGUCGUCUUCGCCGUCGACUCCUCGGCCGACACGACCUACUACUGGCCCAACGGUACCUCGCUGGUCGCCACGUACGAGCGCAGCCUCAACGCCUCUGGGAUCGGCAACGGCACCGCAUUCCCCGCCAUCCCAGACACCAACACCUUUGUCAACCUCGGCCUCAACACCCGCCCGACCUUCUUUGGCUGCAACAGCUCCAACCUCACAGGUCCCGCGCCGCUAAUCGUCUACCUGCCCAACUAUCCGUACGUGACGUACUCCAACGUUUCCACCUUCGAAGACAGCUACAACGACAGCCACCGUGAUGCCAUGAUCCUCAACGGCUACGACGCCGUCACCCUUGCCAACGCCAGCCGUGACGGCAACUGGACCGCCUGCGUCGGCUGUGCUGUUCUUGCCCGCUCCUUCGACCGCUCCAACACCUCCGUUCCCUCCAUCUGUACCGACUGCUUCGACCGUUACUGCUGGAACGGCACGCUCAACAGCUCCACGCCAGCGCCGUAUGAGCCUACUCUCCUCUUCCCUGAGGCAACAAUUAAGAUCAAUUCGACCAAGUCCAGUGCUGCUACUGCUGCUGCUGCUCGGGAGGUGACUUUCACAGCGUCACUUGUUGCAGCCAGUGUCGUUUAUUUUUUGACUUGUACUUUACUCUAAUUGAUGAAUCUGGUAGUUAGUUUUGCUCAUGC